AUGGCGAGCGACGCCUUGAGAUCGACGCUCUUCGACGCGAAAUCACCCGCGUCGUACGCCGAGCGCCUCAACGCCGUGUGCGAGCGUCUUCGCGCGUCGAAUACCGCUGCGAAACGUGGCGGAAAUCCAGCGUUACCUGAUAGCUCGAUCGAGGCGUGCGUUUCGUGGACGCACGGCGCGUUAACGCGCGCGGGAGCGACGAAAACGAGCGGCGGCGGAAAUCACGUGAAAGCGCUCGGAAGCGACGCACCGAGCGCGGACGCGCUGUGCGACGACGAAGAGCUGUGGAACGCGUUUGUGGACGCCCGUUCGAUGUCCUCGCAGCGCUCGAACGCGGACGAGAGCGCGAUCGCGCGGGCGUUGGGCCGCGCGGCGGCGAGCGGGCGCGCGAGCGACGCGACGCUAGUCAGAGCGUUCGAGUCGAUGUCGAGCGACGGUGGUGUGUUCCGGUCGUCGUGCGAAAAGAGCGUCGACGUGGCGAAGGCGUCGAUGGGUCUCGGGGCGGCGCGAACGCGGUUGUUUCGAGCGUCGAUGCGGAGCGCGGCGCGGGCGCAGAACGCGCGGCCGAAUAAGCCAGCGCCGGUAAACGUAGAUUUUGAGUUCUUAUGGGGGGUCGUACAGAGGUGGUCGACGUGCGCGGAGCGCGGUGAUGAUAUUGAGACGCAACAUGCGUGCGAGUGGGCGAUGCGGGCGUUCAUCUUACACCCGAUGUACGCGCGAGCGAUUCCGAGUCUGGUGGCAGAAUCGAGCGAGAACUCGAAGAGACAAAAGGUCAGGGAGCGCGACGCCGAGGGACCCGCGUCGACGUCGGCGCGGUCGUCGGCGCCGACGUUUAUAUGUGACGUCGUCGAUCGCGUCGCGCGCGCGGCGGACGACAUGGAUGUGGACGCUUUGAGAUUAGCUCCGUGGCUCUUGCGUGCGGCGAUCGAAGUAGACGCGAACGCGAUAAAUAAGGCGUCUCCGGAGGACACAAAAGCGCUCUUCGUGGGGUUAUUCGAAAACAUAUCGCACGCGUUUCUAGCGCCGAUGUCAUCGUCGAAGCUUCGAGGGAAGGGGCGAAGCGAAAGCGACGCAACGGCGAACGAAGCGCUUACAGACGCGCUCUCAGGUUCGCUUCGCGUCGCCAUGGACAAAAAGCUUUACUCACCCAUGGACGACGGUAAGGUCGAGAACGCUGUGAAGAUGUUCAUCGAUGGCGUCGCGGCGAGCGCGAUGCAGGACGAUGUUCGUGCCGAGGGAUGGUCUAGAGUCAUAUGCGCAUCAACGGCUCUCGACGCCCGGCUCAUCGAGCCGCACGCCGAGGCGAUGUUGACGCUUCUUCUGGUGAAAUCGAACGACGACUACAGCGAGCGCGUUGCGGUCGUGCAAACGCUAACAAAAACGUUCGCGGAUAUGCGGCGAGUACCAGAUCUCAUUCGUUCGCUCGGUCAGGUUUUUGCGAAAGCGAACGAGGAAGGUAAAAUCGUGAGAGACUCGGUGAUUUCUGAGGGUGUUUUGCAGGGAUUACAGCAAGCCGCGGCCGCUGUUCCGCUCGCGCAGACGCCUGAACUCAUGAUUGUGUGUCGAGAGGUGUUGAUUGGUGCCUACGACGCGAACGCGACGGAUGAUAUUUUGGACAAGUUGGCGCGCAUCGUGCAAAAUGUCCUCGGGACGUGUCCAGACAACCCAGGCGAGCCCAUGAUGCCCGCGGCAAAAGAAUGUCUCGACGGGUUUACCGAUGAAAUCACCAAGCGGUUAUGCGACGAUCCGUCGCCAGCUCGCGCAGGCGUGCUUCUUCGUGCGUACGUGCCCGUGGCGUCGCUCUUGCGAGGCUUGAGUGAGGUUGCCGAUGCUGCGGCUCUGCAGUCGUAUUUCAAAACGGACAUUAUCGAGUUGUGUGAAAUCGUCAAGAAGCUCGUGCGUCAAGCGCCCAACGCGGCGCCACCAUGCGAAAAAGCCGAGGCGGCGGCGAUCGGAAGCGCGAUUCAACGCGUGAAACUCGUGUCGCGUUUGCGAUAUCCACGCGAGGAUGUCACCCCGGACGAAGCCGCGAAAGCCGGGAAAGAGAUCAAGAAUCUCCUUUCAGUCUGUUUUCGCUUGGUCCCGGACACAACCGGAGGUGCGGGUUACGACGCUCCGGAUGUGAAGGCUGAGGCUUGGGGUGUGCUGACGGAGGCGAUUCAACUGUGGUACGAGUUUGCAUCGGACGUGCAAAUCAUGGACUAUUAUCGAUGCAGAUUGGAGACAGACUUACAGGGUGGCUCGCUGUCGGAAGCAGAGGAAGAGAAAUUCAGCGAGCUCAUAGUGACGUUUAAGCCGUGGGUGCGAGCGAUCGAGAGCGUCAUCUUGCGCAGUGCCGGGGAAAUCGCACAAGAGCUGAGUGGAGCGACUGCGUCCAACGCGCUGUGCGACGUUUUAGAGGAUGUCGUCACGGAUUGCGUGCGCUCAGCUCGAGAUCCCACGGGCGCACGUGACACGUUUGGACGAUUUUGGGGGGCUGCGAACUCAUCAUUGCAGAAGAAAGGGGUGGAUGAAAAAAGUAACAUUGUGGAGACAAGUGCGGUGAAGCGACUGCGACGGGCAUUGGAAGCUGCCGAGCGCAUCCAAAGUCGAGCCGUGGUGCACAUGAACGCGGGAUCGUUUUCCAUCGCAUUGCAAGUGAGCGAUUGCGUGACGUUCACCGCCGCCGCAUGUGGGAUGAAGAGCGCGAUGGAUCUCUGCGUGCGCUCGCGCUCGCUCGCUGCGUUUUUAGCCUCAAACGACGAGGACGCGGCAUCGAUCGGCGUGAGCGUCACAAAUUCGACGCUUCACUAUCAAGAGGCGACGGUACAGAUUGCGCGCACACUUCCAGAUGCCGCCGACGUCGCGAAAUUCCUCGCGAGCACGACGGCUGAGUUUAAUUCUGGUUUGGUCGGAAGCGCAUUGUCGGCAAAGGCGAGCGUGUACGGUCGAGCGGUGUCGCUGGUGGAGCGCCUUUUGGAGACACAUCUCAUACCGAUCGUUGAUAGUGGGAGCGUAGACGCCGGUGCGGAGCUUUCCGCACUACUCGCGGAGUCUGCCUUCGUCGCUGGAGCCAUGGUGCACUCAGAUCCGCUGCGCGAAAAGUUCGGAUGGACAGAGGGGAAUCCAGAUUUUGUCGACGACGAAGCGCACACGGAGAUCACCGACGAGCGAGGCGAGGCGCUUUCAGGCUACUGGGACACCACAGCGCGAGUGAGAGAGCACGUCGAGACCUUCUUGCGUGCCGUGGAGAACGGUAAAAUCGCGAUAGACGCCUCAUCAAUCGAAAUCGUCACCACGUGCGUCUCCGCCGUUGGUUACGCGUUAGGUAUUUCGGCAACGUUGCUCGAUUUCGGCGAAAAGUUCCAUCGAACGUUACAUCCCGGGUGCGCACAGCUCGCGUUGUCGAUCGCGACGAAGUUGCUGUUGCAGUCUGCGGACGCAAUGUCCACGCACGCGGCUGCGCGGCUGGUGAAUUACAUCGGCGCCGCGUGCGACGCACUCAAGCAAACGGGACCACAGCUCACUCCCGAUGCGCACGCCUCGUUCGUCGCGAUUCUCAUGACCACGUACACGAACGGUACGCGGGUCGCAGUGGAACGAGAGGGCGUGACGAACGCAAUGCCAUCGCAGCAGCUUUGCGACGCGCUUGAUUUGACGUUACAAGAGCUUCUCAUUGGCACCGGCAAACGUCCGCUGAACACUCUGUACGCCGCGUGCAUGGAUGCGUUCAAGACCGCAGACGCGGAAUCUCGUCGGGAUCACUUGUCUACCGAUCGUUUGGACGUGUCAUUAUCGGCACCGAUAUGGGUUCUGUCGCACCUCAUCGAAACGUUCUACUUCAGCAAGGCGAUUCGGUCAGCCGCGCAGGAAAACGUUGAGGCACUGAUGGACGCGUGCGCGCGCGUGCUGAGCGUCGCGACGACGGUUCCGAACGCUAGUGCGGUGGUGGAGAAGGUGCUCGGAAUUGUCACAGAGUUCUCAAGACUCGGUGCGAGGUGUGAAAUGAGCACGAGAUGUGUCUCGCGUCUUUGUCAGCUUCCAGGCGUUGCGUGCUCCCCUGAAGCCGUCGUCGACGACGAAGCUUCAUCUACAACCGUAUUUUCUCAGGCGUGCGAACUCAUGGGUGCGAUACUUAAGGCGCGCCACGACCACUUGCGCCGAGCCGUGUCCAGCGUCACGGUGGCAUGCUCAGAUUUGCUCGCCGCGCUGCGGAGACUAAAAUCUCGGGAUGCGAGCGACGAUGUCAUGAACGCGUGUGCGAGCAAGCUAUCUUACGUCUACGAGGCCGCCGAGUCGAGCGGACUGGAUCGUUAUUGCACACAUCUCCUCGCCGACGCCAUCACCGCGAUCACGGGCGGUGGUGUCGGCCCCGUCGCCGAGUCCGCCUUGCGGCCAGGCCUCUUCGCCCUUCUCGACGCGUGCGGCGACCGCGAGUUACAACAACUCCACACCGCGCUCGGCGCCGGCGCCGGCGGCGCCCGUCGCGUCGUAUUCACCGCCCUCCGUGAGCAACACAAGCUCACGCACAAAUUCACCGGUCGCGUGUAA